CGAAGAUCGCAGUUCUGCCUCUGCGCCUUCUGGGUACUGUUAAUGGCUGCCUCAUUUCAGUUUUUGUGUCUACUGCGAAAAAGUUCGGAAAUUGUCGUGGCAAACGGAUCGAACCGUGCCCCAAUCGUGCAGCAAUCGCUAGUAUCGUUUUGUAAAAAGUAGUUUUUAGUGUUGGCAAUCUAGAAAGUGCGGGGUGAGAGAGUGUGAGUGUGGUCGUCGUGUGCGUGCGUACACGAAGAGGAGGGGUUCCCAAUUUCUGUCUCCCCCCCUUGUGCGUACACGUCGAAAGAAGACAAAAGAGAGUGACGACGAGUGGGAAAGGAACAGGAAAACAUCUGUGAUAAAAGUCGUGCGCGUGUGUGUGAGUGAAAUCGUGCGUCAGAAAGUCCAUCCUCGGACAAAGAGAGGUGGGGGAUUUGUGACGUUUUCGUUUCUGGGGUGCCCCCCUAAAAAUUGUAUCGUGUAAUUUUACACGACGGAUUUGAGUGUGUGUGCGUAAGCGCGUAGGAGCGCAAACUGUCAAAAACGAACCUUGUGUUUGUGUGCUAACGUCAGGAAGCGAGAGUAAAAAAGAAACUUUUUCAUCCAUCAGCCAGCGAAGAAGCGAACGAACGGAAUCAGUUUUCUACACACAAAAGUUCAAAUCCGUGGGUUGUUUUUCUGCGUUUUUGCAGAAUGUCGGACGCCAUAAACAUGGACCUGCAGUCGUCGAUGCUGCUGGAAACGUUACGCCAGACGCCGAGCAUUCAGGAUAACAUUCAUCUGGACAGUGGCGGAAGUGCUGGAGAUGGGAAUGCGAAAAGUACUUCCUCUUCGUCGCUGUCGUCAUCAGUGGAAGGUGGAGGGGGAGGCGGUGGUGUUGGCAUUAAUUCGGACGGUGGCGAGAAAACUGCCCUGGAAGCGAUGGAUCCGGCUAUUUUGUCUGCCUCGGCACCAUCCGGAGCCGAAUCCCCAGUUUCCGGAAGCAGUGCCAGUGAGAAAUCGAACAGGACCAGGUAUUCGAUUAACCAGCUGCUGGCACUGAGGAAUUUGGAACCCUCGAAGCAGAAACCCAUCUUUAUGGUUGAACCCAAGAGUGAAAAACUUGCCAGAAUGUUCAGCAUUCUGGAUCGAACCACCGAUAGGUAUGGGAAAAGUUUGUCCAUCGGGAAAUCGUCGGAAGCUGCGUACGAGGAUGAAAAUGGAGGAGGGGGGAACGGAUCGGCUGGAAACUAUGGACGGAAUCGUGUCGCAAAUGGAUCAGGAGGUGGAAACGGUGAUGGAGGUUCGAGUGGAGGAGGUAAUCGAAUGGAAAUGCGUCGUUCCGGUGGAAUGGAAUUACGUGAUCCCAAAGACCGAUUACGUAAGGAAGAUGGAAUAGUCCUUUCGCCACAGAGGCGGUCUUUCAACAUGGGGUGUCAAAUGCCUGCGGCUCCCAGUGCCAAUACAAGCGGUUUGACCAUCGGAGGAAAUCUACUUCGUAAUGAACGCGAUAUCCUCGGAGGCAGAGAACGACGCAUUGGCAGUGGACGAAUCCUGUCACGGGAUGUGUCUUGGGAUUAUCGCCCAGAUAAAGACGCCCCGGAAAGCAAUGACUAUCGCGCUUCUGGUAAUCCCAACUAUCGAGAACGGGAACGCAACGAUAAAGAAUUCCGCAAGGAUUACGAUCGUGACCGGGAGGACGGGAAUCGUUUCGAGCGAAGACCGAACAAUCGAGAAUUCGAUCGCAAUGAAAAGGAUUCCCGCAAUAAUCGCAUGUCGUCACGCUAUUCCAAUUCGUACAACAACGAUUCCCACGGGGGAGGCAAUUAUCAUUCCAAUAACUACAACAACCACUAUCAUUCGUCCCAUCACGACCGGCGUCGUCUCUACAGCGACCACAAUCGGGACGAAGAACCCGAAUGGUUCAGCGAACCGACCUGUCAAACGGACACCAUCGAACUGCGCGGCUUCGAUGAUCCGGUGUCCGAGGAAGAGACCACCAAAUCGGACAAGGAAGACGCCCGUGACGAUCUCAAACAGGACUUGCCUGAAGCAACCAACCAGCGACCAGCUUCGUCCCUUCAGCAGAACGACAAGAACAACAACGCCAAUGCUUCUUCUGAACCACAGUCACUCAACCGAACCGACAACGCAAAUGCCAACCAAUUGCCCACACCCGCCACUGCGGGAACGGCGGCCGACAAAAUGGACCGGACCCCGGGGGAUGGAGCCAGCGAGGGGUCUUCCGCCAAGUCCGGGCUGGGAGCGACGACGACGACGACGACCCUUGGUGGUAUUGCGGGCACCAUCUCAUCCGGACAGUCCAAGAUCAACGACGACGACUUCAACUUCGAGGACUUUCUCAAGCUGGACGCACUGCCGAGUAGUUUGUUAUAUCCGGAUCUUCCAGCAAGCAAGGACAGUGGCAAUGCCGGUGGUUCCCGAUUCUCGCAAUGGUUCCGUCAAGACAGCAGUGCCCCAUCGCAACCGACUCAAUCAACCGGUCCCAAUCAACCGCAGCAGCAACCGAAACAGCAAUCAUCACAUUUUAACGACAGUCGGCGAUCGUCGCUUCAAGAUGAGAUCAUCAACAACAUGAUCAAUGAUUUUACAUCAACCGGACUAGAUGACCAUAUUCCAGACACAAAUUCCAACAAAUACUUUGCUCCGAUCUCGCCUGCCGCCAGUACAUCCUCAAAUUCCCUGAUGGAAUUGUUUCAGCGAAGCGACAAACAGUUGCAGCAGCAGCAACAACAACAGCAGCAGCAACAGCACCAUCAGCAACCGCAACAACGAGAUCGGGAGCAUCUUCAGCAACAGCAGCAGCAAAUUCCUCCACCCCAACCGCCAAAUCAUCCCCACGGCCAACCUCUGUUGGCUCACCCUCCAAACCAUCCGGGUCUGCACCAUCAACAGCAACAGCAACAACAACACCAUCAGCAAAUUCAGAACCGCAAUUUGCAACAAUUGCUGGGCGUUAGCGGUAGUGGCAAUGUGAGCAAUCAUGGACCACAUGGUCCAAUUCCUCCGGCACCAAGCGGCGGUCAGAUACACAGCGUUGAAGAGCUGGAAGCACGUUUCCGUCAAAGUGACAACGACGUACCUAAUCGUCCUGUUGGAGUUGGCCCAUCUAUUCCACGAUUAAUCACGCCCUCAUCUGGUGGUGGUGGCGGCGGAAGUAGCGGGGGCAUAAACGUUGGUGGCAAUGCAGGUCAUUCGUCCAACGAUGCUCAACAGCAAGAAAUGAACGCUUUCAAAAAGCUAUUGGCUCAAAUAUCUGAAAAUCAACCGCACAAUGUCCAACCAAAUCCACCAGCACAUCCUCCUCAUCCAAUCAAUAUGCUGCACCACCAACAGCAGCAAAAUGAGCUCCUCCAAAAAAUGCUGCAUCUCAACCAAAUGCACCACCCGGUCAACGAUGCUCGUCAAGCCGAAAUCCUGAAGCGUCCGGAAGCACAAGCCCUCCUGCAUGGCGUUGCCCGCGGAGAAGUAUCUCAGCACAACCUAUGGCAACAGUUGACUAAUCCAGCCACUGCUCAGCCGCAUCGCGAAAUUCUCACUUCAGUUCUCAGCACCAUCAAUACCAGUCCACGUGUUGUGUCGCCCAACAUUCUUAUCCAACCGAGCCCGGGAGGCGUUCCCAUCCUUCCUCCUGCCACAGUCCCACCGGCAGCCGUGGCCGCAGCUGCUGCUGCCAACAGCGCCAACCUACUCUUUCAGCAUCAUUCCAAACAGCAGAUGCGACUCUCACCACUGCCCAACGGUAUGCCGCAAAGAAUUCCCUCUCCUCGGGAGCUUCAGUACCACACUCAGUCAAUUAUGCAAAAUGCGCUGAUUCGCAAGAAGCUCGAAGAACAAAGGGAAAACUACCGCAAGCGUCAGGAGCAACAACAGCAGCAACAACAAAAUCGUAACCAACCAGAAACUAGUGCUGCUUCAUCUUCUACGGCUUCUGCUGCUGCAACGACUUUAACAACAACUUCUAGUGCAAGCUCAUCAUCUGCUGCUCCCAAUCAUCCACAAUCUGGAAACCAACCGGCCAAUAGCACCGCAACUAGCGCUCCAGCGUCAGUUGUCCCCUCUCCUGCUGUCUCCGCUCCCGUAAUGGCCAGUUCAAUUGCUUCACCAGCCAAACCAACUCCCCCUUCGCACUCCCACUCACAGCAUACUUCUUCUCCCACGCCGUUGGCGUUCACUCCCACAUCCGUACUGCGUAAAAUGACUGCCGAGAAGGAAACGGAGCAGCUGACCGCUAACAGUUCCUCCAACACUCCGUCGCACUCGACAAUUUCGAGUGCCCCGCCUAUCGAACGUCCGCCACUAGGGGCGGCCAACCACGGCCAAAACCUCCUAAUGGGACUUCAAAACCCUCUCUCGCAGCAGCAGCAACAACAGCAAAGAAAUCUGGCAGCGCUCAUCGGAUCGCAUCCUCCUCUUCAACCGCCGCACAGUCAAUCGCAAGGACCCCCGCCUCAGAUACCGCCCCAUCAUCACAUGGGAAAUGCCCACCUGCAUGGAUCCUCGCUGGGUCCCCAGAACGCUCAGCCACCGCAGCCGAACCACCAGCAGAUGCGCGGUGGUCACCAACCACCGGGAAUGCCCGGUGGCAACAUUCCCUGGAAUCUGAAGCAACCGCACCCGGGUCAACAGAUGCCACAGCUGACGAAACCCCAGGGCAGGCCAAUCCUGAAAGGUGGCAAUACCCAGCAGCAACCACCGCAACAACAGCAGCACCCUUCGCCAAUGUCGCAGAUGUCUUUCGCUUCCAACUUAGAAUUCCAACAGCAAAUGCAGCAGUUCCAAGGACGCAGUGGUAAUCCAAUACUGGGGGCACACCAGUCACAACAGCAGCAGCAGCAAAUGCUACAACAGCAGCAGCCCCACAAUCAACAUCAGAAUCAGAUGAAUCCCCACCUGCAACAGUUGCUUCAGCAACGACAGCAGCAACAGCAACAACAACAGCGUGCCAUUCGCAAUCAACACAUGCAACAGAUGCCACAAUCGUUCCGCAUGGGCCCUCAACAGCAACAACAGCAACCACAAUCGCAAGGGCCACAUCCCCACCAAGGUCAGCCACAGUCAGGUGCUUCGGGGAUCAUCAACUACAACCGCGAUGGAGGCCUUUCACCCACCAGCAAUCAACUAGCCCGCUGGUUCUCUCCCGAGCUUCUCGCGCAAGCAUCUGCCGGUAAAUUACCGUCCCUCAACAUAGGACAGGCCAUGAGCUUGGAGGAAUUCGAACGAAACAUGCAACAUUCGUCGGCCACUGUGCACAACUGAGUGCUACCUAAGGCUGCAUCCCCCGCUAGAUCCGCUGUCGUCCCGCCAUCACCAUGGCUUGAUGGAGGGACCAGCGGAUUCAAACGGCUGACUGCGGCGGACCUUCGCAGAGACCACAACAAAUUCAUCUGCCGGCCAGAGUAGGUUUUACUCUCAUCCAUGCAAAGCAAUUUAAUCGACAGUCUCUCUCCUUCUCUUUCUCAUACAUUUCGGUAUGUCACACCGUAUUUGGCUAUCAUUCUACUUGAAGCAGAUAAACAAGACUAGUAUUGAAUUAUGUAUAGAAAUGCACUUAAAAGUAUACUUUUACCAGAUCUUUACCUAAAGACACACGCCACAAAUCUAUACAACACAUCGUUCUUGAUAGAUGAUGCAGCGCAUUAUAGUAUUUUUCUCCAUUGUCUUAACGUACCGAGCGCAUUACUGGAUGGACACUAGUAGUUAUUGUAUUGUUAGAAUCAGCAUCCGAAUUGUAAUAUUUGUAACAAGGCCGCAAACGUUGACUGUUGAAAGGAAAAAUACAUUCUGGCAUAAGUAUAAAUAGAAACAGUAGCAAACUCAAAAAACAAAAACUAAAGAAAUGCAGGAUAACACUCUAGAGUCAUUCAUAGCUAGUUAGAUAGAAAUAAUUAAAUAUCACAACCUAAAGUAUUUGGUAACUAAAACGGAAACGAAGAUUACAAAAUGUAGCAGCUCUUAGAUGUUACGAACCGUGUGCAAAAUAGUUGAAAGCUUCUCAGUGUUGAUGCUUUUUUCCCCUAAAUAGUCGUUAGCAGUGAAAUUUGACUAGUAUUUAUUUUUUAUUGAUUCGCUCUUAAGUUGGAAAAAAUGAAUGAAAUCCCCGAGAUUUGUUGGUACCGAUUACUGAUCUGCAUCCGAGUUCGUUUUCGAAAUUCUGUGAUACAAUGCAGUUGCAAUGCAAGAUUAUGGUUGAGUCCUUUUGGUCUAUCUUUAGAUAGGUAGACUAUGCUAGACGUAAAUUAUAUGAAUCGGUUUAGAAUUUAUUUUAUUUUUAAUUCUAGACAUGUCCAGGCCUGGUAGCAGGUCUUUUUUAGAGACUUCCUCACUAUUUUAAUGCAAGUCUAGAGAAAGUCUCCAUUCUAAACAGCAGGUGUCUAAACAUUUUUUUGAAAAAAAUGGUCUAAAAAGUCUCUUUUUACUUUUUUUUCGUGAGUCUUGGUGUAAAUUUUUAAGGUUCCAGAGAUUUCAAUGAGGCUAUUCUAAAGUUUUUUUUCCAGGAAUACCUUCACAAAUUCUUCAAGGAAAACCUUUCGGCAUUAUCCAGAAAUUUGUUCUGGUAUACAUUCAGGCAAUUCCCAUAAACAUUCUUUAAUAACUCACCAGAGAAGUCGUCCUGAAAUUCCUGUAGUAAUUUCUCAUAAUAUGCUUGGAUUGAAUUGCUCCAGGAAUUCCUGAUUUUAUUGGCUCAUUCAGUAGUUAGUGUUUCCUGAUAUUCCUACAGGAUUUUAUGCAGGACACUCCACAAAGGUUCAUUCUAGGGUUGAAAACCCUCGUUUAGGGAGAAGGGUCUUCAGAGACCCUUGCAUGAGUUCUCACCUGUAAAAGUUUAGGGAGUUUCAUCAGUGAUUACUUCAGGAUUUUCUGUAGAAAAAUCUCCCAGACCGUUCCACGGACCUCCAAGAAUCCUUAUCGAUUCCCUGGAAAGGAUAAUUACUUCAAGUUCCUGAAAUUUCAGGAAUAAUCUUUGGAGGGAUUUCUGAUUGAAUCAUUGCAGUAAUUAUUGGAAGGUGUCUUUACAGAAAUUCCUUGUUGAAUCUUAAGGAAAUUCUAAACAUUUUUUUUUUUUUUUUUUUGAGGAAAUCCUAAUAAAAUCUCGGAGGAAUCUCUGAAUUGUUGAAAAAGUCCUAAACGGAGAACUCGGAUGAAACACAUGGAUGAAUUAUGAGAGGGCUGAGGACUUCUUAGAGAAAUUUCUGAUAGAAUUUUAAGAGCAAUUUUUGAAAGAAUUUCUGAGUACUUUUAGUAGCAAGUUGUGAAGACGUCCUUGGAAAAACUUCUGGUUGAAUAUGUGAAGAUAUCAUGGAGUCUCGGUCCGGACGAGAAUCUUCUUUUUAAAUGGUUUAAGCAGUUAGCGAUUUUAUCAGAUUCUCUAAACUUGGCUUAUUUUACGAGUGAAGUGAGGUGAGUCGUCUGGAUCUCGUGAGAAAACUUGACUUCACUGAGAUGAGAACCCCUUUGAUAUAUGCAGGUUCACUUCAUUCAAAUCAACUUUCCUCACAACUCGGUAACGGAGCAAGUUUUUUACCAGUAAAAUCGUAGAAUAAGCCGAAGUGACUCUUUGAUGCAAAGUUAUGCACAUAGCAUUUGUGUUCAUGCGAGAUAACGUUCUCUUAAAGGAUCAGGUUUAUACAAUUUUAUUAUAUGCAUUCCUGUGAUAACGCAUCACACACUAUAAAAGCUUAAAUGCUAAAGGAUAGUUAAUUUUUGUGUACAUAUUUCCGUGCGCGAAUUAAUUUUUAUCCCUGACAUCUGGUGAAAAUCCUGAUUCUGAUUACACUGCACACUUAGUAGCUGACAUUAUGGGGCUUUAAAUGGGUUUCCAUUGAUCUGAUUUUGAAUUAUAGAUCUACAUUUACCUUCAGUGUAUCCCUUGUAAUGCUGUUCUUUUCUACUGCGAUUAGAUAAUGGAGUGAUAUAGGGAUUUGAACGAACUUAAACGAAUGAUAGAAAAAAGUAGUACGUUGCAACCAACAAAACUUAACGAAAAUCGAAGCUACAAAAGUUCACUAGCAUGAAUAAGCUUGCAGGCAGUAAAGAGAGUGAAGUGUCGAAGCAAAAGAACAAGAUGCUUUCUGUUGACUCGUUUAACCAUACCGAGAGGUAUGACUGACGAACGCAUGGAAUGGUUGUGCCGCAGUUGUGUUAGAUUUAGGAAGUCCUCAAAAGAUCUAUGUGCAUCUAUUAGCGCUGGUAGACGACGUAUCAAUCCAUCUAUGGCUAAGUAAGAGAUUAAACCCGUUUCUACAAAUUGAACCACAUAGAACUGCUGUCUUGUAAGUGUUUUAUUUUUUUCGGUAGUCUCGUAAGGGUUAUAUGUGUAAAACAUAAAAAUGUAGUAACUUGUACAUCAGAACUAUUUACGUCUAAGAAAUUGAAAUACUAUGUUUAUUUAUAUGGAAAUUUAUUACUUUUUUGUAAAUUUGGCGCUGACUAUUCUGGUUUACCAUUAAAAGAACUUUGCUAAUGUGUUUUAAUUUUUCUCAUUUUUCCCCCAAAGUAACAUUUUAUUCUAUUAAGCACCUCGAAGAGAUCUUUGCUCAUUUCUCUUUCUCGAUUGUGAUCCAUAGUUAUACCGUAUAAGUUGGUCGAAAGAAACAGUAACCUCUCCCCUAUGUUAAGAGAUAAUUUUAUUCGAAACUAUUAGCACUUAAGUCCACAGAAAAUAUAGAGUAUAACAAAGAAAAAAAACUUAUCUAGCCAAUGUAGACGACGAUUGCAACACAACCAACAUGUAAACUACUAUAAGUGAAACGAUAUUAAGGUUGCUGUACAGUUAAAAAAACGACGAUGAAAUAAAAAGAAGAAACUAGUAAGGAGACACAUGUAACUAUAAUGAGAAUGCUAUUAAAGUACUACAACUAAGCAAAAAUACAACAACUGCAUAGCAAACAACAACAAAAAAACAGUAAAAACAACUCAAAAUUGAAUUCAUCUCAACCUUAGAAAAGGUAAACGCAGGAACCCUAAAGCACUAACGCUAAUAUGCUGCAGUAAACGUGAACCAGUAGGAUGUAGUUUUGUGAAACUUUCAGAUAAUUCGUCAAGACAUAUUAAGUGUACGGAAAUUACACGUUCGGACUCGAUGGUCUCUUAUCCACCUACCUUGCCGCAGUGUUAACUACUGGCGAAACUGUUUUAAGAGUUGUAUGAAUUCAACUAUGGUUAAAAGCAUGAACGCAAAAUGGAAAAUGCAAAAAAAAAAUCUAUGUGACAUUACAUUGAAACAAUAUCAUAUGUAAUAACUUCAAUUCAAUUGAAAA